UCGACAACGCUAUAUGUCUGUUUUGUCUGUCUGCCAGAGAGUUUUAAAAGUUGACUUUUUGCGCGGCGCGCCUCAGAGACUACGGUGUACUGGUUUUAGAUGGUUAGCGUUCGCUGUGGCGGUAACGACAUUGCCUUUCCUCUGAAUUUCACAUUUAGCGCAAAGGCUAGAGUUUUGCCAAAAAGAAAAAUACUCGAAUUUAUGUUAAAUUCGAUUCGAAUAAAUUCAAUUAAAAGCGUAUACCCGCUGCAUGUAGGAAGCUGAAUUUCGCAAGCCACUUUAGUUGAGUAAAUUGAGCGUUCGCCGAAAAUGGGCAUGAUGACUGUUAACAACAAUAACAACAAUAACAACAAUAAUAUUAGUAAUAAUAAUAAUAAUAACGAUAGUGAUAAUAACAACAACAAUGGGUGUGGCGCGUCCGCAACGACAACAACACCGCCCGUCCGGCGCGUCGCUGCUACAGCCGAGACCUCACCUCCAGCGCCCAUUCACUCGACACAGAGUGUCACCAAGGAGGCGUUGCCAGUCUGCAUGGCGACUGAAAAUAUACGAAGCAAGCAAAGCGCUAAUGACUGGCAUGACGCUGAUGGCGACAUCGCUGCCAUCGCGGCAGUUGCUGCAGAGUGUGAGCGCUUGCUCGCAGCUGCAACAGCUGAUGCAGACGCUUGUGAUAGCAAAGUGAACACUGCCGAUGAAAACAAUGAAACUGCCAACGCUUGCUGUAAUGCAAGGUACAACAAAAACAACGACAGUGGAGUCAGCGCUGCGGGGCAAUGCAUGUGCGAAACAGUUGAGGGCGGCAUUUAUGAUGACAAUGACACUGACUACGCUGACUAUGACUGGGAUAGCGCCGAUGUGGAGGUUUUGUAUAGCAACACUGCAGCAGCGCCGCGUUCGCAACUCGACUACACCACUUCAUUUGCCUCCUACGAUAGUCAUGCACAUCAGUUGAAUCGUAGCCAGCGUUGUAAUUCGCACGCGACAUUAAAGCUGCUGCGACAGCAGCGUCAACGGCACCAACAACAACAACAACAGCAGCAACAACAGCGUUACAGCGCCCAGCUAAAUUCGAGCUCUUUGAAGCUCAGCGCCUCUAAUGCGUCCAUUUGCUCGUCAACGACCUCAACGUGUCCAGCGUACAGCAUCGGUGAACCGUUGUAUCAGUCUGUUGCGUUCACGGAUUAUGGCACUGCGGGAGGUUGUACAGUGGAGACGCUCACCACGGGCGAGUCUGCCGAUGAAAGUGUAUUGCGGUAUUCCUUUAAGGGCUAUCCACCAGAGCUAUAUUCACCGCGCAAGGAGUUCAUCUACACACGUCCACUGGUUGAGAAACAGCUGGUCAUUAAGAAGACUUGCGAGUGGUGGUUUUACAAAAAUAAAUGCCGCAAUAUGUCUACGCAUUGGAAACAGAAUGCAUUUCUCAUAUGCUGCGUGAUACUAUUCGGCCUUUUGCUGGGCUUGAUCAUUUGGUGUCAGCCGGGGAGCAGUAGCAGCAGCAGCAGUAGCAGUAGGAAGGGUGCUCACAUAACCGCAGGUGUUUCAAACAAAUCAAAUACGUGGACGAGUAGUACAGGAUAUCCACCGAUUGUGGACUCGCCAGACAUCCAAACGAUAUUUGUAAAUCAUUCAUUUAUUGGCGAUGAACAAUGGACCGAAGAUGAAGAUAUUAAAGAUGAUAUUGGCGAUAUAAACAACAGCAUUCCGGACGAUUUCACCAGUGAUUUUGUGACGCCGCGAAAGGUGUACAAUUCCAAACUAAGCGAAGAUGAUCUGCUCUAUGAGUCGAAUCGUAAUAAAAGCAGCGUAACGAAUGGUUAUUAUUCAGCGUUCGAUGAAACGGGUACAUUUCGUAGUAAAUCUAGUCAAAUUUGGGAUCCACAUCCCGAAUAUAUAAUAAAUGCUUUUGGGCAUAAAUUGCAUUUGGUUCUACAUCAGGACACAUCAUUCAUACCACCGCAAACAUUUAGUGUAAUUCGUAUACUUAACAAUAGAACCGAGGAAGAAGAGGAGGAAGAUGAAGCCAAUGGUCAUUACUUGGGCUGCUACUACAAGGGCGUGGUACAAGGCGACGACCAAUCGACAGUAUCGGUGUCGCUCUGCAAUGGCAUGACUGGUUACAUUAAAACAAGUUUCGGCUCGCUGCUCAUACAACCGGUCAAUCAGACCGGCGAUGGCGAUUCGGAGGUGUUGCACAAAGUGUGGCGUCAUUCGCGUCGCAAUGCCAGACACGCCGUCGCCAACUCAUUCGAUAUGGACUUGAAAGAACUCGAAGAGAGUCUAUUCACGCGGUUGCAUCGCAAGAAGCGUAACUAUGUGGAUCGGCAUGUUUUCACGAUGGAAGUGCUGGUGGCGGUCGAUAAAACGAUGAGUGAAUUCCAUGGCAACGAUCUGAAGUCGUACAUAUUGACAUUGAUAUCGAUCGUUUCGAACAUAUACGCGGACGCCAGUAUUGGCAAUUCCAUUUAUAUAACGGUGGCGAAUAUUUUGAUUUUACGCGACGAGCGCAGGAAAGCCACAUCGGCAUCUGCUAUGCUAAAGGACUUUUGUGGCGUCGUCUCAAAGCAAGGAUACCAUUAUGAUACCGCUAUGCUUAUUACACGCGAUCAAAUUUGUCGCAACGAAGGUGAGCCAUGCGACACUCUGGGUUUGGCUGAACUGGGCACUGUCUGCAAACGACGAUCGUGCGCCAUAGUACAAGAUAACGGACUGCCAGCCGCGUUUACAAUCGCACACGAACUGGGUCAUGUCUUAAAUAUGCCACAUGAUGACGAUGACCUCUGCAAGCCCUUCAGCCGACCGGGCACGAAGAAUAAAAUGCACAUAAUGUCGAGUAUAAUGGGCAGUGAUAUACAUCCGUGGUCGUGGUCCGAUUGUUCGCGCAAUUAUGUCUCAGAAUUUUUAGAAAAAGAAGACAAAUCCUGCCUCGAAGACACGCCCACAUAUUUCAUAAAGAAUAUGAACACCAAAUUGCCCGGUGAGAUUUACUCACUCAACCAUCAAUGCCAACUCAUACAUGGCAAUCAAUCGCGCUACUGUCGCAUCGACAGCGAGUGUAAGCGAUUGUGGUGCAAGACGGACAGCAGCAGUAGCGACUGUCGCAGCAGCAAUCUGCCGUGGGCCGAUGGCACGCCGUGCAACAACGAGCGCCACUGGUGUCAGAAGGGUGAGUGUGUGCCCCGCGAAGGCAAGUCAUUGCUGCCGGUGCAGGGCGGUUGGGGUCCAUGGAGUGAUUUCACGCCAUGCAGUCUGACGUGUGGCGGCGGCGUACAGGAGUCACAGCGCGAAUGCAAUAAUCCACUGCCGAAGAAUGGUGGCAAGUACUGUGCGGGCAGCCGCAAGAAAUAUCGUUCGUGCAACACACACACCUGCCCGCCGGGUACCUUGGAUUCGCGUGAGCAGCAGUGUUACGAAAUGAAUGGCAGGAAUUUCUCCAGCAAAGGCAUAGCACGCUCGGCGAAGUGGAUACCGAAGUAUGGUUUGUCCUCGUCCGAAAAAUGCAAACUGUUUUGCCGUCUGGAAGAUAACAGCGCGUACUUUAAACUCGCGGACAAGGUGAAAGACGGCACCACAUGCUCAUUGGACAGCUUCGACAAGUGUGUCAAUGGCAUUUGCCGGCCGGCAGGUUGUGACAAUGAAUUAAAUUCGCUGGCGAAAAUAGAUAGAUGUGGCGUUUGUGAAGGUCACAACGAAACCUGCCAGGAGUACACCGGCAACUUCUAUGUAUCCGAUUUGUUUAAGACCAAGUCCGAGUUGUAUUAUUAUUAUGUGACAACCAUACCAAAAGGCGCCUCUAAUAUAGUCAUUACACAACCCAGCUAUCACGCUGAGAAUUACAUUGCGCUGCGCGACGAUGAGGGCAAUUACAUACUCAACGGCAAGAAUGUCAUCACCAGUUUUCGUAAUAUAAAAUUCUAUGCAGGCGUAACACUGGAAUACAAUGGCGCCGAAAAUUUAGUGGAGCGUGUAAACACCACUGUGGCACGUAAAAUGAAACGUGAUUUGGUUGUGGAGAUAAUUUCCUUAAGCAAAAGUGCGCCGAAGGAUAACGACUCAUUGCUGCUCAGCUACACGUAUACCAUGGAUAAGCCGCUCUAUCAAAUGCCCGAAGUGGAAGUCGAAAUCUAUAAUUGGGAAAUGCAAGCGUGGAGCACUUGUGAUGCACUCUGUCAUGGCAAUUCACAUCGUUUGCCGGUUUGUGUGAGCACCACCAAGGCGUUGAAGGUGGCGCCACAAUUGUGCGAUGAGACGGCUAAGCCGCCAACUGAGUAUCGUCAAUGCAACAUGGAUUGUGUGCUCUCGCUGAAUGUGGCAAAUAUUUCGGAAUGCUCGGCGUCGUGUGGCAUGUUGGGCACGCGUGAGAAAACCUACUAUUGCAUACAAACAUUCCCACAUAUCAGCCGUUCCAAUAUCGUGGACUUAUCAUAUUGCCUGUCGAAGUUCGAGUUUAGUCCGCAUGAGUCGUGUCGUGAGGGCUGUUGGGAUUAUACCGAGUGGUCGGCGUGCUCCAAAUCUUGUGGUACUGGCACGCAGACGCGUGGUGUCGCUUGCAUGUUAAAUGGUACGCGUGAGAGCGAUAGUUUGUGUGAUCAACGUAAGCGUGACUCUUACCGCGAUACGAUAAGAGCUUGUAAAACGGACCCGUGUUAUUCAUACGAAGAUAAUUUGGCUACACCACGCUCGUUCGCCAAUUAUUGGGUCGCCGAUGAGUGGGGAGAAUGCGGCGAUAAUUGUGAAAAGAAUCGUACGGUUACCUGCCGAAAUCCGUUGGGCUAUGGUUGUCCAAAGGAUCGACGCCCCUUAUCGAAGCGUAAAUGUUGCAACAUCAAAUAUGUGUCUAAUUGGUCGAAUUGCUCUGUAGAAUGUGGUAACGGCGUGCGCCAGAAAGAGAUCCAUUGCGCGCGUGUCUAUAAACCAGAGAUAAAGGGCACACCACGUCGACGCGUCAUCAUUGACCCUUACCACUGUCGUCAUUUACGCAAGCCCACGCCGAAGCGUAUGCACAAACCCUGCAAGAUCAGCUGCAAGUGGUCCGCUUCCGAUUGGACGCAGUGUCCCGCCGACUGCCAUGAAGAGUAUCAAUCGCGUUCCGUUUAUUGUGAGUCAGUGCUGGGUAAUCCAAUUGCUUAUCGCUAUUGUGAUGCAAUGAAGAAGCCACCCUCCAAGAAGAUCUGCAACAAUUGUGUACGAAAGGAAUCGAAAAUUAUAACUCCGUGCAAUUGUGAUGGCUUCCGACGUCGUCGCAUCAUUUGCUACGAUUCGACGGGCCGACGAAUUGUCUGUCCCACAAAAGAGCGUCUGAUUAAGGAAAAAUGUCAACCACCGCGUGAAUGUAUGCCACAAUCUUGUGAUGACCUACGCCGUCUACAUCGCUACUAUCAAGAUCGUGAAUACACCAUAUAUGUGCGUUCGCGCCCGCGUAAAGUUUACUGCCAUAAUAUGAGUACUUCGCCGAAAGAAUAUAUAACCGUUAAUCCACUUGAAAACUAUUCCAUAUACUAUGAUUAUAAAACUUCCGAUCCGGACAGAUGUCCGCCCGAUUCUAGAAAACGUGAGUUCCGUGAUAACAGCACCAGUUCGGGACGUACGCAAUUCCGUAAGAUACGUAUAAGUCUGCCAGAUUUGCGUGUUAUCGAAAAUGACUUUACGUUUGCGGAAACAGUCGGCAACGCACAACUGUAUGGUUCUGCGGGCGAUUGCUACAAUCGCAAUAUGGAAUGUCCGCAAGGUGAUUUCUCGAUUAACUUGGAAAAUACCGGUUUCCACAUAAGACCUGGCGCGCGUUGGGACACUUUUGGUCACAGCGUCGUAAUGAAGGUAUCUAAACCGUUCGACACCUCUACCGCUUCCCGGCGUGCUUUCUGUGGUGGCUAUUGUGGACGUUGCCAACUUUCGCAUACUGGCUUAUACCUAAACGUAUGAUCACACACCGGCUGAAACAACCUGAGUGUGGAUACAAAUUUUUGUUGGGCUCACAAAACCGUUUGGUUAGUGGUCUUGACACAACCAGUUGUGGGCGUGGCGUCGGUAGAUAUGGUCGUAGGCGUGACGUGAGCAUGCAGACUGGCAAUGGAUAAGCAAAAUUUUAUGUGCCAUACAAUGACGCGACGAUGUCAUUGCCCACCCAUAAACCAACACAAAACCAAGCAGCGACUACAACGAAGAAGGCAAUAGAUCAAACUUAUAGAACCAUGCAGAUGAAAUAAACACUAUAUACCUAUGUAUACACCAAGUCACAAUGUAGCAAGCCGACUGUGUAGCAGAGAAUCAACGAAUCCAACUAAUAAUGAUAACCCCAACAACCGAGUUUUGAGAACGAAAGCAGAAUGUAAAGCGCUCAAAAUAGCGGUUUUGUUCGAAUAUUUACACUUCAAUGGUGCACAGCUCAUACAGCCAACAACAAAUACACACAAAAUAUUAGCAAUAGAAACGAUAACUGAAUAUUUUAUUCGAAAACCCAAAAACUCGUUGCAAAUCGCAGUCAAAAAAAUUUAAAAAAAAAAUUAAAAAUAGCAUACAAAAUAUUGAACUUAAGUUAAGUGCAAAGUUGAAUUUUCUCAGCUUUAACCAAUUGUGGUAUAUAUAUAUAUGUAUAUGCGAGCGUAAUGUAUGUGUAUGUAAUAUUGUUAAUUUUUUCAGUGUAUUUUCGUACAAAAACUUAUUUGGAAAAAACUGUUAUCCGUUUAGCAAAAGUAUUAAUUAACAAAUCAGAAAAAUAGUAACAAAUUUUAAAAUAAUAUAUUUUAAUAUAUUCGUAGAUAUUUAUGUUUAUGUAGUACAUAUAUCGUGUUGAAAGUUCGAAAAGAAUAAGAAUUUACUACUUUACGAAAGUAACUUCCAUUAAAUGUAUCACCAUAUUGAAAAUUGAAACGAAUGUAUGUGUGCAUAGUAGGUAAAUAAAUAUGUACGUAUAUACUUUAACAGUAUAUGUAAAUAUUUUAUAUAUAUAGUAGCUUUUUAACAGAGUUGUGAGUGAACGAAAAAGAAAAAGUAUUUAUUUUGAAAAGAAAAAUAGUUUUAAGUAAAAGCUGAAUGCUGAAUUUUAUAAGCUUCAACUGCCCAAUGUGUGAGUGAGAUUGAAAACGAAAAUCAUUCAAAAUAUCGCCAUAUUUCGUAAUUAAAAAUCGCAAAAGCUUUUAAAAGCUAUUCAUGAAAUUUUUACUAAGUUCGAUUUUUUCCCCCGAUUUUUUUUAUUAUUAACUUUUCUUAUUUAUUCCUGCAUAUUUCUCGAGUAUAUUAAAUAGUGCGAAAUUAUAGUAGCCUUUAUUUCGCUUUCGGCAAAAGCUUUGGAAAAAAAGAAUGACACGCCAAAGCUGCAUAAAAGCUUUUUAAGCUUAAUACAUAAAUAGCUUAUAUAAACUCUAAAUAAAAUAUGCAAAUUGAAAAAUUUAACUCACACAUUGGCACAUAAAAAAAAUAAAAAUAAAAUUAACAAAUUGCAAAAAAAUUAAAAAAAAAUGUGAGAAAUUAAUAUAAAAAAAUUUAAUUUAACAAAAACUCUAAUGAAAUUAAUAUUUUACAAGCAAAGCAAAACAAAUAAUUAAGGAUUUUUUAACAAAAUGCUUUAAAAAAUUCAAAAAAAAAUUAGUUGUAAUAUAUAUGUAUGUGUAUACUAUAUCCAUGUAGGUAUAUAACACGAUGAGCCAUAUCUUUCAUAUAUCAUUUGCAUUUAGUUGCUGCUUGCGUUGGAGUUGGGAAACUGUUGCAAGUAAUUUAAAUAAAAAUCAACAAAAAAUUAUAAACAAUUAAAUUAAAAAACAGCACUUCAACAUUUUCGCAGUAAUGACUUGUUUUUUUUAAUAAUUUCUACUUACAUUUCAAAUAAAAUUCAUUUUCAAACUCCACCCAAGCAGCUGCUUUAAUGAACUAAAAUCAUUUGACUCGAAUAUAAAUGUAGUUUAGCACUAAGUCGCAACUGUGGCAAUUUAAGUUUUGAUUGUAAUUUUAAAGAAAUACGUAAAGAUGGUGCUUAUAAUUAUACAAACAUUUUACUUCCAAAAAAAAAAAACAAAAAAAAAACAAAAAAAAACAAA